CACCUCAUGAAAUGCCCACAUACACCCAUGAGGAUGAUAUCAAUCAUUUCUAUGCUGAUGGUGUUAACAAACCUGUCCAGUGUUAUAUGGCAGAAAUGCCUGGUUUUGAAAACAGGGCAAUACACAAUACCUUUUCUGUAAACACAACCGGUCAGUCCCAAAUAACAAGUUCUCACACAUCAGGGACAAUGUUAUCUACGGAAAGUGACGUAGCUUCCCUCUCUGAAAAUCAAAGUACAUCUUUCCUUCAAAAUCAGAUGGAUUCCAUCUCGGAAGAUCCAGGGGACGCCAACCAUUGUAAGAUUAAAACUUUAAGGGGUUUGCGGUCAAAAAUUCAACGAAAAAGAACAAACUCCUAUGUUUUUAGACACCAGCCCUACAAGAAUGAUCGGCACUUACUUCCAAAAAAUCUUCCAGAAUUUGAAAAUUAAAAGGGAGAAACUCUUUUAAUUGUGCUUUAAAAAAAAUGAAUUUUUACAUUUCAACCAUCAUUACAUUUUAACAAGCCCUCUUUUUUUAACAUAAAAUUUGUGUCAUAUGGUGGAAGAAUUGCUAAAAGAUACUGUAUUAAAUUUCUUUUUAAAAUGUAACAUUGCGUAUAUUUUUGCAAAGAGAAAAAGUAUUUAAUCUAUAAUUGUGAUCUUGA